AUGAAGGAGAUGGAAUUAAUUUCUAUCCCACGACACGUCAUGUGCAAAGAACCGCAAACGAUAGAGCUGCAUGGGUUCUGCGAUGCCUCAGAGGCUGCUUACGGCGCUUGCAUCUUUAUACGAAGCACUAAUUUUGCAGGAGACAUCGUCGCGCGACUACUCUGUGCAAAGUCGAGGGUCGCACCCCUCAAGAGUAUCACGCUGCCGCGGCUCGAAUUAUGCGGAGCGUUGCUGCUCGUCAAGCUUGGAGAAACUGUGCGACAAGCUCUAGCAAUCAAGUUCGAUCAUAUUCAAUAUUGGAGUGAUUCAACCAUAACACUGGCGUGGAUCAAGCAUCACCCCGGAGAACUACAAACGUUUGUCGCGAACAGGAUAGCCACAAUACAGCGCACAGCACCAGACGUGCAAUGGUCACAUGUGCGAUCCAAGGACAACCCAGCUGAUAUUAUUUCCAGAGGCACAACUCCACGAAAUCUAAAAACUUCAUUCUUGUGGUGGACUGGACCACCCUGGCUGACGCAAGGCCGACAGGACUGGCCGAUCGAAUCCGGGUCAAGCAUACCGGAAAUACCUGAACUCAAGAAACAAGUGGUAGCUUAUCACGGCGUUCCCCUGGACACCAACUUGUUUGCAAGAUUCUCAUCACUAUUUCAGCUCAAGAGGACUGUAGCAUACUGUUUGCGUUUCAAGGCCAACGCGUGUGCAAAAGCAAAGCGACGUACCGGCCCCUUGUCAGUGGAAGAGUUAAACAGAGCAAUGGUAUCACUCACGCGAGUAGCUCAACUGAAUGAAUUUGCUACGGAAAUUGCAGAUCUACAAACAAAACGGGAAAUAUCGAGAAGGAGCAAGCUCCUUCCGUUGAAUCCUUUCUUAGACGAGACGGGACUCUUACGUGUGGGAGGUAGGCUUCGUCACGCGGACGCAGAUCACGCGAAACGACAUCCCAUAAUAUUGCCUGCCAAGCAUCCACUCACUGACUUGAUCAUUCGAGAUUCACAUCUAAAACAGAUGCACAUGGGGCCUCAAGGUCUCCUUGCGCAUCUGCGCUGUAAAUAUUGGCCGAUAUCGGGACGUCAAGCGAUUCGACGCACACUCCGAAAAUGUAUCGCGUGUUUUCGCGUUCGUCCUCACGAUCAAACACAACUCAUGGGAGACCUUCCGAAACCACGGGUAACUCCGCACCGAGCGUUUCUCAACUCGGGAUUAGACUACGCGGGACCAUUUCCCAUAAAAUUGUCGCGAAACAAAACCGGGAAAGCUUACUUGUGCAUUUUUGUAUGUUUUUCUACCAAAGCCUCGCAUUUAGAAUUAGUCAGCGACUUGACGACUGUAGCGUUUCUCAAUGCGUUAAAGCGAUUCAUAGCCAGACGCGGUCGAUGUGCCAAUUUAUUUUCGGACAAUGGCACGAACUUUAUAGGCGCAAACAAUGAAUUACAAGCCCUUUCCAACAUGCUAAGAAAGGAUCGUGAGAACAUCGAACGGUUUCUAGCAGACCAAUCAGUGCAGUGGCACUUCAUACCCGCACAAUCUCCGCAUAUGGGCGGACUCUGGGAAGCGGUCGUAAAAUCUGCAAAAACCCAUUUGAAACAACCUCCUAACGUUUGA